UUUGUGAUGUGAGAGUGUUUGGAUUUGUUCUUUAUCUCUUAAAGAUUUUACACAAACGAAAUCUGAAAUGGGGGUUGGGCUAAGAGGGGUAUUUUUGUCAUUUGCCAUAACGACAUUGUUUUCAUCAUCAUUUGCUCAAACUUGUUCUACCUAUGCCUUUGCAAGCAACAAGGUUUUCAGUGCCUGCAAUGACCUCCCAGUUUUAAACUCUUUUCUCCAUUAUACAUACAACCCAUCUUCCAAAACACUCAGAAUCGCAUAUCGCCACACCAACAUUGGUUCUUCACGAUGGAUCGCAUGGGCAAUCAAUCCAACUUCUCAAGGCAUGAUUGGCUCACAAGCACUUGUGGCCUUCCAGCAAUCCGAUGGGAAGAUGAGGGCGUACACGGCGCCUGUUACAGGCUACACCACGCAGUUGCAGGAAGGCGACCUGAGUUUCCCGGUUUCUGACUUAUCUGCCACUUAUUCCAACAAUGAGAUGAUUAUUUUUGCUACUUUGAGUCUGCAAAAUGCGAGCACGAACCUGAAUCAAGUUUGGCAAGAUGGUCAGCUUUCAGGAAGUUCUCCUGUGGCCCAUGCUACCACUGGUAAUAAUGUUAAAUCUAUGGCAUCAUUAAAUGUUCUUUCAGGAGAGUCUGGGAGUGCUCUAGCAGCCGGAAGCAGUUCAAAAAACAAGAAAAGAAAUAUUCAUGGAGUACUUAAUGCAAUCAGCUGGGGUAUUAUGAUGCCUCUAGGGGCUAUACUGGCAAGAUAUGUAAGAGUGUUUCAAUCAGCCGACCCUGCUUGGUUUUACCUUCAUGUUACUUGCCAAACCGCUGGAUACAUCAUCGGAGUUGCCGGCUGGGCCACCGGAAUCCGGCUAGGAAGCCAAUCUCCGGGAAUCCAGUUCACCUCCCACAGAGUCAUCGGCAUCAUCCUUUUCUGUUUGGCCACCCUCCAGGUGAUUGCUUUGCUUGUGAGGCCAAAGAAGGAUCACAAAUACAGAAUAUAUUGGAAUAUAUAUCAUCAUUCACUUGGAUACAGCAUUAUUGUUCUUGGAAUCAUCAAUAUAUUCAAAGGCUUUGACAUUUUGAACCCAGAGAAGAAAUGGAAGAGAGGGUAUACAGGAAUUAUCAUAGGGGUAGCCAUUGUAGCGCUGGUUUUGGAAGCUUACACAUGGUUUGUGGUUUGGAGGAGGAAGAAGGCUGAAAAAGCACAGAAGAUGAGUAAUGGUAGCAAUGGGCAUAACGGAUAUGGAGGGGUUACUAAUGGGAGGGUUUGAGACAUGUCACUCAAAUUGGUUUGAUGAUUUUGUUUUUUUUUUAAUAUUUUUAUUCUUAUAUUUUUCUUUUCUCGCAUAUACAUUUGGUGAUUGGUAUAUAAUACAUCAUUUUAGGCUUAUUGUUGAAUAGUAUUGUAUCGAUCAAACAUACAUAGAGAUGGAGUUUAGGGUUGUAUGCAUUUGGUUCUAAUGCUUAAGUAUAUACUAG